GGAAAAUGCCAUCUCCGCGAGCAGGCACGGGGAUCGGCAAGCACUAAUCCUGGUGCUUCAUCGCUUCUCCAUGUUUUCUUCUCUUGCCCAUGGGAUCGUGGAUGCUACGGCAGAGCUCUGAACGGCACGGCCAGAGCACAGGUGCGUGGGUCGUUUAUCCAUGGACCACCGCCAGCCCACACCUCCCCAUGGCGCUAUUUCAUGCAGUAGUCCCAGGUGAGGCAAUAUGGCCGGCGGGAUACAUUUUUAUGAUAUGCACGAAAUGCUCCUGGAGAACGCAAAGACGCGCCGGACUCGGGAGACGGAUCAUGCUACUGCUAGCUCACAACAACAUGCAGCUAUCCGGAGACUGGCGAACAAGACAGAGCUAUUGUCGCUCGGAAAUUGGAAGUCAUAAGAACGAGGAUACGUGUAAAUUGCACAUCUCCUAUACUCAUUUUACCGCCGCAGGGAUGGAAGCUCCAUCAUUUCGACCAUAUGAUCAAAGUUUUCCUUCGGUAAUCACAAUCAAAACAAACCUCAAUCGGUGCUGAUCUAAGCUUUAACUCCUUCUUCCUACAAGCUACGGAAUCAUAAAUGCUUAAACAUCGACGAAGCCGGACAAGGAGAUGACGUAACGGAGAUAAAAGCUCACACGGAAACUUUAAUGCGGUGCACUAUGGAGUGGCAUCUCAUGCGACAAUUAUCGUAUUCGCAGAGGGGGGAUGUGGAAGUCUCCAGAAUAUUCUGGCCUGUAGGAGACACUCCUUGAGCAUCUGUUAGAAGAGCAGCUCGAGGUCCAUGUGAUGCCCAGCACUGAAGAAUCGAGGCCCUCUGCUCCA